CGCGGUGUUGUCAGAUGCAUAUUAAAUUUCAAAUAUUUGUACCGAUUUAAUAUAAUAAUAUGCAUUGUUUUGGUGACACAAUUUUAACAUAAUAUUAUAUUAUAAUACAAAUAAAUGCAUCACAAAACCCUGUAUUUUUGUGUGCAGCGAUACUUUCCAGCAUUAAAAUGAAGUAUGGCAACGUUGUAUCAAAGCUGCCAACCAAAAUAAGUAAAUUUGAUAAAGCAUUGUAAUUUGAAAUUGAUUUUCUUAAUAAAAAAGCUCUAUUAGAAUAAUAGUUGAUAUUGUUUAGUUUAAUAUGGAGGGUAUGGAUACUACCGACUAUUUCGAAAGCUAUGAAGACCUGGAAAUUCAUCAGCUUAUGUUGAGUGACGUUGCUAGAAACAAAGCUUACAAAAAAGCAAUCGAAGAUAAUGCCAAAGAAAUUAAGGGAAAGACGGUUUUGGACGUAGGAGCUGGAACUGGGAUUUUAUCGGUUUUUUUCGCUAAGGCGGGCGCCAAAAAAGUUUACGCGGUCGAAGCCAGUAAUGUUUACAAAAUAGCUGAAGAUGUGGUGAAGGAAAAUCAACUUUCAAGUGUUAUCGAGGUAAUUCAUGGGAAAGUGGAGGAGAUUGAUUUGCCAGAAAAAGUUGAUAUCAUUGUUUCGGAAUGGAUGGGUUUUUAUUUGUUACACGAGGCGAUGUUAGACUCUGUGAUAUUUGCCAGGGAUAAGUUUUUAAAGGAGGGGGGUUUAAUGUUUCCUGAGUCGGCUACUUUGUAUUCCGCUGCUUGUAGUGUACCAUCGAUGUUCGAAUAUUGGAAUAAUGUGGAUGGUGUUUCGAUGAGAUGUUUUGGCGAGAAACUACGGCAGAAAGCAUCUCAAAAACCCAUAACCGAACAAAUUGACCCAGAAAACAUUCUCACCGAUCCUGAAAAUGUUUUGUGGUUAGAUCUCAGAGAAGUAACGGCAGAAGACUUAAACAACAUUAAAAUACAACAACUUGCCGUUGCAAAUAAGGAAGGUACUUACCAGGGCAUAUGCCUGUGGUUUACCUGCAACUUUCCCUCGUACGGUACAGAACCGGUCACACUAUCUACAGACCCAGAAGAAGAAGAGACCCACUGGAAACAGACCACGAUAGUUUUGCCCACCCAAAUAAACGUUGAAAAAGGCACGCCACUGGCGUAUGAGUUGGGUUUACAGAGAUGCAACGAAAACAACAGAAGAUAUAAAAUUGAGGUUACCAUGCUCGACCCGGACGAAAUUGAGCACCCCGAGUUCUGUAAUUGUUAUUUGACUAAAUGUAUUUUGGUUAGGGCUAUGCUGGAAAAAUAUGAAAAGGAUAGUCUGCCUAAUUAAUAAAAAGAAAAACUCUAA